GAAUUCCUUCCAUUUUUUAUUCAUUAAUCACUCUGUUCUUCCUCGAAUCAAAAGACAAAGGGCAAAAGGCAAAGUUUCUGAUACUACCUAAAUCUCUUUCCUGAGAUCAACAGGACUUGUGUAUUUUUCUGUCUGCUGUAGUUUCAAUACCCAGAAAACAGAGGAAGCUAUGUGGUUGAAGGCAUAUUCUUGCAGUGUUUGAAUAUAUGAAAAAAAGAUGUCAACCUUCCCUGUUAACGUUGAUGUUCCAUGCAACAUUCUCCAAUGUUUGUUGGAUCUACUGAAAAGUGAAGCUCACCACUUAUGCUGUUUUAACAAUCAUGUUAAAAACUUUGAGAAGAAAAAGAAAAUACUAGCUGCAAAACAACAGGAUGUAAAGAUUAAUAUUGAAAAUGCUAGUGGUGUUUCAAGAGUUAAGAAUGAAGCGCAGCAAUGGGCACAGGAAGCUGAUAAUCUCAUUGAGGUUGACCCAAAAACAAAGAAGAAAUGGUUUUUUGGCUUGUUUCCUAAUUGCUGCUGGCAGUAUCAGAGGGGGAAGGAGUUAGCAGAGAAGACUUUGGAAAUUGAAGAACUACUGGGAAGAUGUAGUUUCAACAUAGUGGCAGGUCCAGCUGAUCUUUCAAGUAUAAAGUACCAUUCUUCAUCAAUCUUCAUUCAUUUUGAGAGUAGAAAGUUGAAAUUCCAAGAUCUGUUAGAGGCAUUAGAAGAUGGAAAUUGCAAUUUUAUUGGAUUGCAAGGCAUGGGGGGUACAGGCAAAACCUCAAUGGCAAUAGAAGUGGGUAUUAAACUGGAAGAAUCCAAAUUUCACAGUGUCAUCCUUGUUGCUAUGUCUAAUCCUCCAGAUUUCAGAAAGAUCCGAGGUGAAAUUGCAAGGCAUUUGAAUUUGACGCUAGAGGAGGGAAAGGAAGAAGAACACUCAAAAACAAUAUGGUCUAGAAUUACUAAUAAGAAAGAAAAGCUUCUUAUAAUACUAGAUGAUGUAUGGGAAGAGCUUGAUCUUAUAAAAGACAUAGGAAUCCCAUCUAGCCACCAACACAAGGGUUGUGUUGUGCUUAUAAUCACUCGUAAUUUACAUGUUUGUGAAGCAAUGGGAUGCCAAAUGGUGAUUCAACUAGAGAUGUUGACUGAUAAGGAAGCAUUGAGUCUUUUUCUAAGGCAUGCUAAUACUUCCUCAAGUCGUUUGAAGGGUAUGUCACAGAACAUUGUGAAGCAUUGUGGAGGUUUACCAGUUGCAGUUGUAGCAGUAGCAAGAGCAUUAAGAAGUCGGCCCUUAGCAGUUUGGAGGGAAGCUUUGAAAACCUUGCAAAAUUCUAAGUCAAUGAUUGAUGUUGAUGAAAAUUUAGCAAAGAUUUAUAAAUGUUUAAAGUUAAGCUAUGAUAACCUAAAGAAUGAAAAAAGCAAAGAACUCUUCUUCAUAUGUUCUUUGUUUCCAAAAGAUUUUGGCAUUUCUGUAGAACUUUUAAGCAGAAUCGGUAUGGGAGUGGGGCUUUUUGGGGAAGUUGAGAAAUACUGCACAACAAGAAGCAAAGUGCUUGCAACUAUACAAGAACUUUUGGAUUCUUGUUUAUUAUUAAAUGCUGAAGAAGGAUUGUUAACGAUGCAUGAUUUAAUUCGUGAGGUGGCCUUGUGGAUGGCUAACAAGGACAUUCAGGCAAUCACGGAUUUGAGAACAGCUAUAAAAACAAACUUGCGAUAUUUGUUUUGGAGCUCUGAUUACUUACCCAGUCAAUUUGAUGGUACAAAUCUAGAGAUUCUUCUAAUAAAUCUAGAUGGUUUGGAGGAUUUGAAGGUCCCACAUGCAUUCUUUGCAGAGAUGACGAGGCUCAAGGUAUUGCAUUUAAAAUGCACUUAUGUUCACUCACAAAUUUUAGAUUCGUCAUUCUUAUGCUCACUUCAAUCGUUGAAGUGUAUCCAAACUCUUUGUUUGAUGAAUUUGAAAUUAGGCAAUAUCUCUAUGUUUGGAAACUUACCAAGUCUUGUGUCUGUUGAGUUGAAUCAUUGUUCAAUCAUUGAAUUACCAGAAGAAAUUUUGAGAUUAAAAAAGUUGAGAUUGUUGGAGAUGAGAGAAUGUAAAGUGAAGAUGAACAACCCUUUUGAAGUGAUAGAAAGGUGCUCCCAGCUAGAAGAGUUGUAUUUUGUUGGUAAUGGGAAUUGCAUAAAUGAAAGCAUGGUUCCUCAAAAUUUGUCUCCUCCUACAUUGCAAAGAUAUCAAAUAUCGUUUCUUGAACUUCUAGAUGAAUAUGAAAAGUAUGGUUUGAUAUCAAGGUACUUCUUUCCACAUGAUUUAAGACAUGCAAUCUCAGAGGCAACAUUUAAGAAACUUGUGGGAACUGCUGAGUUUCUCGUAUUAGGAGGGUAUGAAGGAACAAGUUGGAGGAAUCUUGUCCCUGAUGUUGUUCCUUUGGAAGAUAGAGGCAUGAAUGAUUUAAUUAUCCUUCAUAUGUAUUCUUGGUCUGACAUACAAUGCCUGAUUGAUACUAGGAAUCAUUAUUUUGAUGUGAUUGCAUUCUCCAAGUUGAUUGAACUGCACCUUUUUGAAAUGGAUAUUGAAGAUUUAUGCUGUGGUUCUCUUCCGUCUGGCUUUCUUGAGCAACUGGAGAUCAUGGAGUUAAAAACAUGUCCAAAAUUGCACAACAUAUUAUUUAACGGCAAGUUAAAUCUAUGUCACCUUAAGGCAAUAGAAUUGAGAGACUGUACAGCAUUGACAUCAAUUUUCCAACCAUCUACUGCUCAAAGUUUAGUGCUAUUGGAAGAAUUAACAAUUAGUGACUGUCAUGCACUGGAACACAUAGUUUUAUAUGAUUCAGGAGAUGACAUAGUUGGUGGUUGUGAUCAAAAGAGUAUAGAAUCGUUCCCAAAAUUAAAAACUCUUACAAUUGCGAGAUGUGACAAUUUAGAAAUGAUAUUACCAGUUCUUUUUGCUGGAGGUAAUCCACCUUUGGAAGUUAUAAGUGUGAGUGAUUGUGAGAAAUUGAAAUACAUGUUUGGCCAGUAUAGGGAGGAGGAAAAUGUGUUGUUUCAAAAUGAACAGGCAACAAUGCUCCCCUUUCUGUUAGAAAUGAAACUCUGUAAAGUACCAAGUUUGGUUGGCAUUUGCCAAGAAUAUUGCAAACAGUCUUCACUUGUGCAAGUGCCAUCAUCUUUAGUUCUAACAGAUAGUUCAAAGGAGAAACUUCCUAAUCCUGAUACAUGUGCUGUCUCUUGGGUUCGUAUAUGUUGUUUUCCACAUGAAUCCCGGACUGCCACAAAUAAAGAGACUGAGGCCAGUGCUACUAAAUCUAAGAAGAAAUUGCUUGACCUCUCAGUCCCCCUGGGGUUACAUGAUACAGCUCAAUCCAUUGUGACACAACUAUUCCACUUUCGCAAUAUCAAGAAGAUGAAUCUUGCAAACUUUGCAAAUUUAUUAUCAUUGUGCUCCUUAUCCAUUGCUUCAAUGGUAUUGUGGGAAGAAUUGACAAUUGAAAAGUGGGAUGAUUUAAAGCACAUGAUCACAAAUGAGGCAGAUAAUCAUGAUGAUCUUAUAAACUAUAGAUCUGUUUUCCCGAAAUUAGAGAAGCUAGAAAUUUGGGACUGCAAGGAGUUAGAAUUUUUAUUCCCAUCCACGUUAUUUGGUGGACUCAAAAAUUUAAAAUCCUUGACUGUCAAGAAUGCCCCAGAGCUAAAAUUUGUUUUUGGGAGAUACUCUCAUGAGGAUGAUUUAUUAAAUCAGAAACAGAAUGGUGUGCUUGAAGUUGUUUUCCCGGCUUUGGAAGUCCUUUGCCUGGGAGAUGUACCAAAGAUUAUCAGCAUUUGUGCCAUGAAUUAUUACAUGACCUGGCCAUCGCUACAGAUUGUUGUUUUGGAGAACUGCAACAUCAAAUCUUUUACUGGUUUGAUGGUUUGUUCGGAUGAAGGACAACUGAGGUGGAAUACUACAAAGGAAUUGCAUGAAUCAAGAGGUGAGAUUCUUCCUCUCCAUGCAGAUCAAAAUCCUCAGCUUCAACCAUUGAACAAUAUUAGAACAAUGAAACUUGUGAACUGUUCAAACUUAGUGUCAUUAUUCGCUCUAUCCUUUGCAUCUCAUAUUUUUUUGGAAAUUCUGAUAAUUGAAGAAUGUCAUGAAUUGAGGUGCAUAGUAGCAGACGGGGAUGAUGUUCAAGCUCUCAUGAACUGCAGAUCUAUAUUCUCUAAGUUGAAAGAGUUACAUGUUCUGAGAUGCAAUGCAGUGGAAUAUCUAUUUCCAGCAUUUGUGUUUAGAUCUCCCUCACAUUUGAAAUAUGUGACCAUCUCUGACGCUCCUAAGUUGAAAUAUGUGUUUGGAACAAACCAUCAUGAUGAUACUUCAUGUCAUGAGAAUCAAAAUAUUGAGACUUACAUUGAUUUCCCAGCUCUAGAAAGCUUAUGCCUUGAAGUUGUACCAAAUCUUGUCAGCAUUUUCCCCAAAAACUACUAUAUAAGGGGGCUGUCUCUAAAGUCCAUUGUUCUGGAUAUAUCUCCUAAGUUUGUUAUUAAAUCUUUUACUGAUUUCAUGAUUGGUUGGCAUGCAAAUCAACAUGAUUUCACAACCACAAAGGUCAUGGAGAAGCGCUUUCAAACUUUGACAGAUCUUUCAGUACAUGACUCCAAAAUAGAAGAUAUUUUUAAUUUGACACAUUUGAAGGUUGAGAAAAAUCAAGGAGGACUUGUAUUGGAGACAUCAAGCUUAGAAUACCUGACGUUGCAAAAUUUGAGUGAGUUAAGGAAAAUAUGUGACGGCCCAAAGUACACUCUGAGCCUCAAAAAUCUCAAGAAAAUAAAAAUCAUAGCAUGCAAAAGUCUUAAAACUGUCUUCUCUGUCUCUAUAUUGAGAAGCUUACCAGAGUUGUGGAAGCUGGAGAUAAUGGACUGUGAAGAAUUAGUUAACAUCGUCGAUGAGGAUGAUGAGGAAAAUGCUGGUGAUCAUUUGUCUCAUGAUCCAUGCUUUCCAAAGUUAUAUGAACUUCAUGUUAAGUCUUGUAACAGGUUAAAAUACCUGUUCUCUAUCUCAGUCUCUGGGUUCCUUCCCAACCUAAUGUUUUUGAGUAUAAAGGAAGCCUCCAAGCUUGAACAUGUACUGAUAAGACAAGGUGAAACGAAAGAGAUGGUGAUGAAGGAUUUACUUCCAGAGCUAUGUAGUCUGCACUUUGAGGAACUUCCUAGUCUUGUUGGUAUCUGCCAUGGGAUUGAUUUCCAAGCUGCUCGCACAUGUUCUGAAGUGUAUAACUGUCCCAAUUUUUCUUUCUAUGAAAUUAGUCCUGCUCAUCUUCAAGCAGGCCUUGAAAAUCUAGAUUCUAAAGUUCAGGCAUCAGAAGGCAAGAUUUUUCCUUUACGUAUAAAUGCCCAUCAAUUUGGUAAGAGAGGAGCCGAAGGGAGACAAGACUUGGAAACACAAGAAUCUUCAAUUGGUUCACCAAGGGGUAUAAAUGAGGAGAUAAAAGAAAUUGAUGAAGAGAAUCUUAUUUCAGAGAUGCCACCAACAGAGUCUUCAUCAUAUGAUUCAGAGUCUAUAGGACAACUUACUAAUAACGUAGGUUAUUCAAGGGUUCUAGAGGGUUGUAGAUCGGGAAGAGCUAUAUCAACAAAUCAAUUGACUUAUUCGGAAUCAAGCAAUGCAAUAUCAACAAGGGCAGAUCUUAUUCUUUCUCCUCAGAUAUCUCCAAAGAAGGCACUGGUUCCUAUGAGUUCAAUUCUCAUUGCUCUUCCCACGGAAAGUAGGACUUCUACAGUUACCGAAAUUUUUGAGAAGGAAGAUGAGGAGGAAGGUGGCUUGAUAACUACCCGCCAUCGCCAAAAUGACACAACGGAGGUGAUUUCUCCCAUAGCAGAGGGUCCACAAAUCACUUAUGGAGGGGCUCCUUUAUCUCUCAUCCAUGCUCUUUCGCCUGAGACUUCUGUUCAGGGUGACCAUUCUGUGCCAUCAAUAGAGAUGGUUGUGAGUGCGCAAACUUCUGAACAGAUUUCACCUUUGAGUCUUGUGCUAUCAAAAUUUUCAGGAAGUCUUGAGCAGACUCUUCCACUUGCUCCUUUCGAGCCUAUCUAUGGUUGCACCAUUAAACAUGAUGUGACAAAGUCAGAUGUUCAAGUUUCACCAACACAGUUGCCUUCAUCUUCAUCCCUUUCUGCCUCUGAAAAAAUGACUCCUCCUUUCUCCGUGACUGCUUAUGCUUUAACUGUUCCUGGGGUGCAAGAGAUAGUUGAGAUGAUGAAUUUAGAGGCUGUUGAGUCUUUCAUGCUUGCAAAGGCAUUUGAGAGUCAUCCACCACUACGUCUUUCUCUGGAGAAUCGAAGCCCUCGAAUGUUAUGCUUCUCCUAUAGGGUAUUGUUGGAUAUCUUGAACAUUUUGACUACUAGGACUCCUUUAUCGAUCACUGAUGCAGACAAGAGGUCAUUGGCAGAAAACUUGAAGGAUGCUUCUAUCCUUGGUUUUGACAACAAUUGGCUAGAGUCCAUCAAGACUAAGGUAUUUGGUUGUGAUAUAUCUGGAGCUUAUCAUGCCCUGGAGGUUCUAAAAGGAUUGGACAAUGAACUCAAUACCAUUGAGGAAGAGCUUGCAACUAUCUGUGAAGAGGAGGAAGAGGCUGCUUUGGCAGUGCAGGUGGCUCAAAAGGAGUUAGAGGCAGCCCAGUUCCAUUUUGACUCGGUGCAGCUCGAGCAUGCUAAUAUUAAGGCACAUCAUAAUCAGCUCUUGGAGGCACGACUACGCAUUUUGGUCCAACAAGAAGAAUGUUGGGAAACAUUUGCCGCCAAAGAUAGGCAUUUUGGUUUAUAAUUAAGAUGUCAUAAUGUGCUUGCUUUGUGGGUGUCUGUGUGUAUUUUACCUUCUGUGACCACGAAUCACACUGCUAUAAGAUUUGUGCUACGUAUGGUUGUAUUGCCUAAGAGGCACUUGUCUUUGUUCACCUACAAGUUUAUAAAUUGUAUUGGGCAUGAUUUUGAUAGGGUUUUGAUAUUUGAUGGUGUGUGUCAUUUGUAAUUUACAAACGACGGGGCAUUUCGUUUACCCAAAAUAUUUAAUUGUUGUGUAAUCUGAUGACUUUGAUAGCUAAUUUUCACUUAGAUGAACAAGGAGAAGGUUAACACGUA